AUGAAGUCUAUCCGUAUCAUUGUCCCUUGCGCUCUUAUGAUUGCCUGUGGAUUGGUCGACCUAGGCCACUCUCAUCUCAACCCUAAUAUCAAAGAGACAGUGGCCAAAUCAGUAGCCAGAGAAAUGGAAGGAGAUGUCAAUGUCAACAAACCUGUCAUCUAUGAGGUCCACAAUGGUCACCCAGAAUAUCCUUCAUCAAAAAUGCUGGAAGAGGUUUAUGUAGACAAGAACCACAAAGUGGUACGAACUGCCGAGGGUCACAAUCAUUUGACCGGUGAUGUAGAAAAAUUAUCGGAGUUUGAGAAAGCACUAAAAAACAUCGCAGAACAACAAAAUCUGCCUUCCUGGUUGACACAUACAUUCGAAAAACCUUCCUCGUUAGUCAAAUCAGCAGAAAGAUACGCAAUGAGAAUUCUCAAUUCAGUGAAUGAGAUGAGCCCCGAGGAUAAACUUGAAUUCAACAAGCAUUUGGAAAAUGUUGGACCCAUGCUCGAUCAUCUCUUCAGCAAUGAGAAUGACAAAUCUCCAGAAUUUGGUUUCAAGGAAAUAGCAAACAGAUUCUUCAAAGAGCUCAACCUCAGUGAGAAGGAAAAACUUCAAGUGAGGAGAGAAAUGGCCCGUGGCGGAUGGGUUGCCCCCGAAAAUCUCCACUUCUUAGAAGACAUCAUUGAUAAGAAUCCAGAAUCAAAGCAUUUGCCUUCCUCAAGAUUAUGA